UGAACUCCGACAGAGGUAUUUCCUCAAGCGCCUGUCAACGGGCAGGCAGGCAGGCAUCACCUUCAUACCAGCUGGAUGUUCAGGAUGAAACGUUGAAACUUUCUCCACAUAUCACAUUUAUCGACGGAAGGAGCUCGGUGCGAUGCCAGACUUUUUCGAAACCUGCCAUGCGUUCAUCGCGUUCAUCGACUGAACAGCCUGGAUUAGAAAAGCGAAUGAACUUGUGCAGCUGUGAAACAGAUUUCGUGCGUUGUAUGUAGCGUCAGUAAGUGGACCGCGGCAUAGAGAACACGCACUUUUGUGGAUAAUUUAUCUGAUGAGGCUUGACUUAAAUACAUUUCGCAAACAAGUGCAGCAUAACAGCUAUUAAAUGUUAAAAUAGACUAUGAGCGAUUGUGUCGAGACUGUUCUCGCGUCUCGUCAACUGACUGCACGGGAGGAAUUUAAUCGCGAGCGCACGUAAAUGACUGGAUUAUUGUUUCGCAUGGAUGUGGAUGAGCGCUUUUUCUAAAUAAACCCCCAUUUCUGCCCUUAAACUGGAAAAUGAAAACGAAAACGUUCCAUGUGUUCUUCUCACAAAAUUGGGAGCCCGUGUUUUAUGUACUGUUGGCGAUGUAGUGGCGCUCACUUUUAUCCCUGCCAUUCCAAACAAGUCAUUUCUCGAACAAGAGACCCUGAAGAUGAUCCUCUUUAGAAAAUUCCGCGUCUUGAUUCUGAUGGUGUUUCUUAUAGCCUGCUCUAUGCACAUUAUGAUAGACUUGUUACCGAAGCUGGAGAGACGGAGCAGUAGCGCGUGCUCGUGUUCGCACACACCCAGCGAAGAGCCGCAGAACUGGGCUAAGCAUCGAGCCAAACCGGGAUCAGAGUCCGGCUGGCCUAAUAAACACACUCUCAGAAUACUUCAAGACUUCAGCAACGAGCCGAACUCAAACCUGUCCUCUCACUCGCUGGAAAAGAUUACCGGUGGGGAGAGACCCGAGGCUUUGAAGAGAUUUGAGCAGUUGGCAGGUGACGGGAAUAGGCACGCGACGCGCGACUCUACCCUGAAGAACGCAGUGGUGAAGGGUUCGAGGCUCUCUGCGCUAUUUGACCAUCCUUUGUACACCAGGCCAUUGCCUACUUUAACGGAUGAAGACACUUUAUUCAAUGUCAACACUGAUAUAAGAUUUGACCCUAAAGCUGCAGAGAACCCAGAGUGGAAUGGGGAAGGUAAAGAUGGGGAUUAUGCUCCUACCGGCGAGAUGUCCUCAGACUCAUACCCGAACUGGCUCCGCUUUCACAUUGGGAUCAACCGGUAUGAGCUUUACUCCAGGCACAACCCGGUCAUUGAUGCAAUGCUGAAGGAUCUGGUGUCGCAAAGGAUCACAAGUGUUGCAAUGAAAUCUGGAGGCACGCAGCUGAAGCUCAUCAUGACAUUCCAGAACUAUGGCCAGGCACUCUUCAAGCCCAUGAAGCAGACCCGGGAGCAGGAGACACCCCCAGACUUCUUCUACUUCUCAGAUUUCGAGAGGCACAAUGCAGAGAUCGCAGCAUAUCAUCUAGACAGGAUCCUGGAUUUCCGCCGAGUGCCGCCGGUGACUGGGCGACUGGUGAAUAUGACCAAAGAGAUCAGAGAUGUGACCCGUGACAAAAAACUGUGGAGAACCUUUUUCAUUUCACCAGCCAAUAAUAUCUGUUUCUACGGCGAAUGUUCGUACUACUGCUCCACUGAGCAUGCUCUGUGCGGGAAACCUGACCAGAUCGAGGGCUCUUUAGCAGCUUUUCUGCCCGACCUGGCCUUGGCCAAGCGCAGGACCUGGAGAAACCCCUGGAGACGAUCCUAUCACAAACGCAAGAAAGCAGAGUGGGAGGUGGAUCCAGAUUAUUGUGAAGAGGUGAAGCAGACGCCACCCUAUGACAGCGGCACACGCCUGCUGGACAUCAUGGACAUGACCGUUUUUGAUUUCCUCAUGGGAAAUAUGGAUCGUCAUCAUUAUGAGACUUUUGAGAAAUUUGGAAAUGAAACUUUCAUUAUUCACCUUGAUAAUGGAAGAGGCUUUGGUAAAUAUUCUCAUGAUGAGCUCUCCAUACUGGUGCCUUUGAGUCAGUGCUGCAGGAUGAAGAAGUCCACUCAUUUACGGCUUCAGCUGUUGGCUAAGGAGGAGUUCAAACUGAGUGUUCUGAUGGAGGAAAGUCUACAGACGGACACCCUGACGCCCAUCCUCAUCAAACCUCAUCUGGAGGCCAUGGACCGCCGGCUACGCCUGGUGCUUCAAGUACUUACCGACUGCAUUGAGAAGGAGGGCUACAGUAACGUAGUAGAGGACGACUUGGGCACAGAGGGCUUGAACACGGGCACAGUCCCACAGAGGUAGUGGGCGCAGACUGAUCAGACGCUCCCCGCGGGGCCUUUGAAGUGCCGCCUCAACUCUAUAGACCAUGAACGUCUUGCAAGAGAUGACUUUUCUGAAUUCAGUGAAUUCCAAAGACUCAUUCCUCAACCAAUGGAUCACGUGCUCAAAGAAGGACACACCGUAGACAGAGAAAACAGUCCAGCAUUUAUUUGAUCCAAAAUGUAAGAUUUCCACAUGUAACAGUCGGUGUUAUUAGCAGUGGUUCUCAACUGGUGCAACGUCACCUAAAAUGGGGUCACAGACUUGUUCUGAUGUAGUAUUAUUAUUUAUAUACUUCAUAAAAAUGUUUUUAGAUGGCCAUUUUUCCUAUUAAAGGAGUAGUUCACUUUUU